UUGGGAUACGAUACCCGGCACCAUGGCCACCCACGAAAUGGAAUUUCUUAUCACAACCCACCCUUGGGCACGGGUUGUGGCACUUGCAGACGAUCGCAACUACAUACAUAUAAGCUGAGUCCAUGGAACGUCUGUGCCGUCUGCGUCCGAGGUAUUGAUGUAGAUGUGGCGCGUGCUAUCUGGUUGCAGGCUAGCGGCUAUUGUUGGUGA